AUGCCCUCGCACGUCUCUCUGCAACGUGGUUUGCCUGCAUUGCGCCAGACCCUCUUCCCAAGCAGGGUUUUAUUUCCCCCGAACGCCCCCCAAGCCCGCUUCUUCAACGCCGACUACAUCCAGGAGCUGAGAAAACGUCGCAUACCAUGGACAAUAACGAAGGAAGACCUGCACAGGCCUCAGGCGGAGCUGCUCGAGGUCGUAAGAGACGGGAUUUGGGCCGGUCAGAAUGGAGCAAGUCGGCAAACGAUAGAUAAGAGAGCCCGCAACGAUAGACAGCAGGAAGCUAAGCGCCAGAAGCUGGAGAAUGGCGAGGAGGUGAAAAAUCCCGUCUACGCGACGACAUUCUCCCAGGAAGAUAUCGAGGGCGAGCAGCGCCGGCCCAAGAAGAAGGUCGCCGUUCUGCUGGGCUACUCAGGGACUGGAUAUAAGGGCAUGCAGCUGAGUGAGACGGAGAAGACGAUCGAGGGAGAGCUCUUUGCUGCCUUCGUGGCGGCCGGCGCAAUCUCCAAGGCCAACGCCACGGACCCAAAGAAGUCGUCGCUCGUGCGGUGCGCGCGCACAGACAAGGGUGUCCACGCUGCUGGAAACAUCGUCUCCCUGAAACUCAUCGUCGAGGACGAGGACAUCAUCCAGAAGAUCAACGAAAAGCUCAGCCCGCAGAUUCGAGUUUGGGACAUCCUCGUCGCCAACAAGUCGUUCAGCAGCUACCAGCUGUGCGAUUCGCGAAUUUACGAAUACCUCAUCCCCACCCACUGCUUCCUCCCGCCCCAUCCCAGCACCUACCUGGGCAAGAAGCUCGUCGAGUACGCCGAGAAGGAGGGUGAUUUGGAGGCGUACAAGGCCAGACAGGAGGAAGUGACCGGACACUGGGAGGAGAUUGACGAGAAGUACAUCCGUCCAAUCCUGGAGAACGCCCCCGAAGACAUCCGCAAGCUCGUCGAAAAGGUCCUUCACCUCAACGACGAGGACCAGUCCGCGCAGGGUGACCUCUUCGACAAGAAAGACCAGCCUGCCGAAGAAGCAGCCCAGUCCACCGAACAGCCCUCUGUCGAAGACAAGCCCGCCGAGUCCGACGCUGCCGAAGAAGCCCGCAGACGCCAGAUCUUCGACACCGUCAAGGCCGUGAAAGCCGCCUACCUCAAAGCCAAGAGAGCAUACCGCAUCCCGGCAGCCCGUCUCGCGCGCGUCCAAGAAGCCUUGGACAAGUACGUCGGCACGAACAACUUCUUCAACUACACGAUCCAGAAGGUGCACGCGGACCCGUCCUCCAAGCGACACAUCAAGUCGUUCAAGGUCGCCGCGGAGCCCAUCAUCAUCAACGGCACGGAAUGGCUCAGCCUCAAGGUCCACGGUCAGAGUUUCAUGAUGCACCAGAUCCGCAAGAUGGUCGCCAUGGCCGCCAUGGUCGUCCGCUGCGGCUGCGACCCCAACCGCAUCGUGGAUACCUACCGCGCCACCAAGAUCGCCAUCCCCAAGGCCCCCGGCCUGGGUCUGCUCCUCGAACGCCCCGUCUUCGACUCCUACAACAAGAAGACCUCCGAAACCGGCAAGGCGAAGAUCGACUUCGACAAGCACGCCGCCACCAUCGCCGAGUUCAAGCAACGCGAGAUCUACGAUCGCAUUUUCCGUGAAGAAGAGGAGACUCAUGCCUUCUCUGCCUUCUUCAACCACCUAGACCACUACUCGCAGGAGGAAUUCCUCUACGUCACGUCCGGCGGCAUCCCCGCCGCCAAGCUAGUGGACGCCCCGGCCGCAACUGAAGAAGGCAAGGGCAAGAAGUCACAGAGAGAAGCGCUCGCGGAGGUGGAAUCCGGAGACGAGGAUGAGGGCGCUCUUCCUAAUGGUGGGGAGGAGGGUGGUUAG